GAUAAGUCAGCAGUUGUCAUUCGUGAAAUGCAAAUUUAACCAUUUUUACCUAUUUUCUGAAUUUUUAUCAGAUAAAUAAACGCCAUUCAAUAAUAACUAAACAAUCUCAGAUUUAAAUAUUCUUUCUCUGAACAGACAAUAAAAGUUUCAAUUAUUUGUGGGCCAAAACUUAAAACUAGCAAAAUGCAGCUUACAUCAGACCCUCGUCGUGCUGACCGUGAGAGACGGUAUAAACCACCACCACCCACAUCAGCCCCAGCUGAGGAUCUUACCACAGAUUAUAUGAAUAUUUUAGGCAUGGUGUUCUCCAUGUGCGGCCUGAUGAUGCGCCUCAAGUGGUGUGCCUGGACGGCUGUGUUCUGUUCCAGUAUCAGUUUUGCUAAUUCCAGAGUUUCUGAUGAUACUAAACAGAUUGCUAGUUCCUUCAUGUUGUCUAUAUCAGCAGUUGUUAUGUCAUAUCUCCAAAACCCAGCUCCAAUGUCUCCGCCAUGGGCAUCGUUAACUACAUGAAAAUAGAAAAUUGUAAAUAAUUUUGUUAUUAUAUAUUAAUUAUUAUUUUA